AUGGCUCUGCAACUCUGGGACGCCGUUCAAUUCUCACACAGGGAAUCGAGUAGUGACACAGAACACACGGACAAAUCGAGUAGUGACACAGAACACACGGAAAAAUCGAGUAGUGACACAGAACAAUUAGGAAUUGGCAAUGGUGUUGAAGAGGCGGAGGGUUUCCUUUUUCACACCGAUUUCCAUUUCACAAGACGACGACGACGAGAUAUCGCUCAGAAAGGGAGAUCUAGCGGAUCUGGUGUCGAGGGUUUGGCGCGUGAAUGCGGUCGAUCGUGUUCGAUUCGUCUUCGUGGAAAUCACUCGACACACAUCGUGCAUCUACACAUCUUCCACCAGUUGCCCCAUUCGCACAAUAGAUCCUCAACCAAUUCGAAUCGAAACGGUUCAAUUCUGCCGCUCGUUCAAUGGAUGUCUUCUCCAAAUUCGACGACCGCCUCUAUCACAAAAACAAAUCCAAAUUGUGUUUACAGAGCCCACGUGCGCGGUGUCUCUGAGUCAAGUGUUGUCAAUUUGUGUGAGAGACAUGGAUCAUUGUUUGGUUUAUUGGCGUUACCGGACGGAGUCUAUUCGGUGGAACCAUUGGAAGAAGAAGGAAAGAAAUCUGGGAAACAUCAUCGAUGGCAACCACAUCUCAUUCACAAAUUCAAGGAUCACAACUUUAUGCAAUAUGAUUCUGAUCGAAUUUCCUCUCCAAUUGACUCGAUCAACAUCACCUAUGAACAAUUCAGAUGGGAUCAACCUCAAGAAAGACAACGACGAUCACGACGAUCAGCUACUUCAUGGGAUCACUAUGUUGAAGUGAGGAAAAUCAGGAAAUUAUCAAAGCAUUCAUUAAAGCAAAAGCUU